CACUGAUUCAUGAAGACUGGUCGAGAAGAAAACAAACAUGUGAGCAAAGAUGGCGAUCCCACUCUGCCUGGCAUGGUUUCGUGGGUUGGCAGUUCGAACUGUCAGCACUCUGCCUCUCAGAAAGCAUGGGUCACUCCUACCAGCAAGAAGAUGGUAUAUCACUACAGCGACCAGGAAUAACCUCCAUUUCAAGCUGGAUGAAAUGACUGCACAUAGCAGUCUGGACCUUUUCAAGAAAGACACAGGUGUUAUCUACCGCAUCCUGGGCCUGCAUGCCAGUCGUGUCCAGCAUAACCAGGAGCGCUUCCGGGAGUGGGCCGUGGUGUUUGGGGAUGAAGAGAUCACGAGUGGACGCCAUUACUGGGAGGUGACUGUUAAGAAGUCCCAGGAGUUCCGACUGGGCGUGGCUGAGGCAUUGAUGUCUCGAGACGACUGCGUGGGCUCUAACAGCUCCUCCUGGGUGUUUGGUUAUGUCCAGCGCAAGUGGUUUGCCAUGACCACCAAUAAGAUGGUACCUGUCCCUCUGGUAGGUAAGGCUGAACGUGUGGGCAUCCUGUUGGACUACGAGGCUGGUGUGCUGGGCCUUGUUGACAUCCAGAAACCUCAGGUCAUUCACACCAUCAAGGCCAAGUUCAGGGGUCCUCUCUGCCCAGCCUUUGCUCUGUGGGAUGGAGAGCUGCUCACCCACUCUGGCCUUGAGGAGCCUCAGGGCUUGAAAUGAUGCGUAAGGAACUCUGGUAGUGGGACUGGGGAGUGUGGCAAUGGCCAUGUAACAAGGGUUACAUUUUGAGUUAUGUAACCUUUCAACCCCUUGACAAUGUCUCAUGUCAAUCCUGAAAAGCAGUGUUUUUCCUUCAAUGGCCAGAACAGACAUUUUCUGUCUUCUUUAGGCAGCACGGUUACAGGGAAGUUAAUAAGUCCAUGAUAUCAGUUCUCAUACCUCAGGCAUCACAACUUCAUGUAUCACAGCAGCUGUUUUGUAUUUAACCGUAAGAUUUAUGACCUUAUUAUCUUUGUAGUGUAACAAAUUAUUGCCGUCAAUCUGUAUUAAUACUGUAUGUUGAGAAAUCAGCAUUGGUGAAGGGGAUAUUGCUAUUCAUUUGCUUUCAGGUUUUACUUUCUUCAUUUUCUUUUCACACUUGAAUUUAACUAAAAACUCAUGUUAUUAGUUUAAAGUCUAGCUUUCAUAUGAAAUGUCUUCAAACUUCUCUCUUUCUCUCUAUAAAAAAUAAUAAUUAAUGUAAAACUUGUUUAUUUACAAUAGAAUAUAACAACACAUUUCACAUUAAGGAAUUCAAGCUCACUCACAGUUGAACCUGAGGAAUAAGAACAGCAGCACAAGAGCCAAAGUUGAUUUAAAACAGCUUUGAAGCAACAUGUAAGAAAGUUUCUCAAUAUCUUUGAUGAAAAUGUGAAUAAACAAGGCACAUUUAACUGACAAACUUGCUUCAAAACUGGAUAUAAAUUGUCUGAAUAUACUCCUCAGUUGUCACAUGUUAAAUAAAGAUUUGUACCGCAUCUUAUUUUGCCCUCUGUACUUGCAGUGCGUUAAUAUAUUCUGGGCGUAAUGUGUCACAGUAAUAAACAAAUCAAUCAAAACAAAUUAAUGUACAAAUAUAUUCACACCAAAGACUAGACAAAGUUGUGCCAUUUCUCAAGCCUUUGUUAAGCCAAA